AUAUACGUUAUCAAACUUUGACACCUAAUUUCUGUUUCAUAUCAAUGGCUGCCGCCUGUUCCUUGUUAUUUUCUUGGUUUUGACGCGUUAAUACUACCAUUCGACUGUGAUAUUCUAUAACAAACACAUUAUUGAUAUGGUUAUUGCUGCUACACCAGUUCCAAGUGACAAUACGUCGUUCGUGGAAGUAAAAUAACAUAAACGCUGUGGAAAUUUCUAAGUAUGGAGGAACCGCAAAUGAAGAGGAAACCAAACGUUAUUGACUGCCACUUGAACAGCUUAAAGACCACCAAAAAACCUCUCAAUGUUGUCAUGAAUGAUAUGACAUCUCAACCAUUAACGCAAGCUUAUGUUGGACACAUAAAAAAUGUAAGGGACAUAUCAAAAGCAGUCUUGCUGUUAAACCAGAAGGUGCCAGUAAAAGAACUUCAGCAUUUAAAAAGAGUCAGGAAACAGGAAGUAGUUAUAUGUCCCACAGAGUAUGUUAAAGAUAUCUCAAUAGAGGAAUAUCUAUGUAAGUGUGAUGAGCGGUUUAAAGAUAUAUUUGGGGCGUUUGAAGUGAAAAAUGUGCCCAAGUUACCGCCGAAGCUUAAGAAACUGUAUGAAGAUACAAAACAGUUCUGGCCGUGUAAUUUUCAUCCAGAUAAAUAUUUGGAGAAGCUGUUUAGUGGGCAGUUUUUUACAGAACAAGAAUUAGAUUUACACAGAAGAUUUAUGGAAGUAGCAUUUUUAGCAGCGAAAUGGUUUGAUGUUCAAAAUGUAGCUGUGGUAGUUGAUCCAACGAUAAAUAGCGUAGUAGCAAUAGGAGAAGAUAACCGAAAAUGUCAUCCAAUGCAGCACGCGGCCAUGUUGGCUAUAGAUAAUGUUGCUAGAACACAAAAUGGCGGCGCGUGGCAGUCUAAAAUGGACGAUGACACUUUUAUUGACGUGAAAUUAUUAGCUUUUCUAAAAGAUUUGGAUGUCAAAUUUGGGCAUAGACGUUUCAAAAGCAAACAGGAAGAUGGUACAGGGCCAUAUUUGUGUACAGGUUAUGAUGUGUAUAUGAUGAAGGAACCUUGUGUAAUGUGCGCUAUGGCGUUGGUUCAUGCUAGAGCGAGGCGGAUAUUCUUUGCUAUAGACAAUGAAGAGGAUGGAGCAUUGAAAUCCAGAGUGAAGUUGCAGACUGUGACGUCUUUGAAUCAUCACUUUGAAGUUUUUACUGGGUUUUUAUAAAAAAUAGUCUGACACACCGCUGCUACACAAGCGUGUACACGAGGGAGUAAAUUGUGCACAAACCAUUCAGAGCUGGGUUUUGACACAGGGAUAAGAGUCGCACGCUAAAACCCAGCACAGUUCUUUGAUGGACUGGAUUCUAUGAACAUAUUUUCAAUGUCUUAAGAUAAAAGAUACAUUGCACUUUAGUGUAAUGUGGUGAGGACUCAAUUCGGCACUCAGACGCUCAUUCAGUCCUUUGUGCGUAAAGUCUUGGCUCCUUACAGAAACUCAGAAGUACCCUGGGCACUUCCAGGCUUUAGACUUCACUGUUCCGAGGAUUUAUGUUGGGAACACACAUUCCAGGACUACUUGGGUCACUCAUUCGUCUGCGCUGAAACAGUGGCAUAAGAGACUGUCUGUCGGACAAGGACACAGAUGUUUCAUAAGAAGACAGGGGUCCUAAAUGUGCUUACAAUUAUUUUGUGAUUAAAUCUGUUGAGAAACUGUUCUGUCGCUUUGUCCGUUCAUUACACUAACAAUUUAUAUUAAUAACUGAAACGGUUAUUUUGAUGUUUUUCUAAUAA